GCAUUUACCGGCACAGAGAAAGGCGGAGACAGCAGAGGAGACAGGGACAGCAGUACUGGGAGUCGCCCACUCUACGUCUCAACAGUCAGGACUGGACUCGUUUUUGGACCUGCGCGAUCAAUGAAGGAGAGACGGCCGUGUCAGAAGUCCUCUCUGAAAUCCGGCAUGGAUCCCAGUCAGAGUGUGAAGUGUAAGAUCGUGGUGGUGGGGGACAGCCAGUGUGGGAAGACCGCGCUGCUUCACGUGUUCGCCAAGGACUGCUUCCCUGAGAGCUACGUCCCCACGGUGUUUGAAAACUACACGGCCAGUUUUGAGAUCGAAACGCAGCGGAUCGAGCUGAGCUUGUGGGACACAUCAGGAUCUCCGUACUACGACAAUGUGAGGCCCCUGUCCUACCCAGACUCGGACGCAGUCCUCAUCUGUUUUGACAUCAGCCGGCCCGAAACCCUCGACAGCGUAUUAAAAAAGUGGAAAGGGGAGAUCCAGGAGUUUUGUCCCAACACGAAGAUGCUGUUAGUUGGCUGCAAGUCGGACCUGCGCACCGACCUCGGUACCCUAGUAGAGCUGUCCAACCAUCGACAAAACCCAGUUUCCUAUGACCAGGGCUCCAACAUGGCCAAGCAGAUCUCAGCGCCUUACAUCGAGUGUUCGGCCCAGCAGUCGGAAAACAGCGUCAGGGACAUUUUCCACGUAGCCACGCUGGCCUGCAUCAACAAGAACAGCAAAAACGCCAAACGAAGCAAGACUGUGCGCGCCAACAAGAGGAUUUCACACAUGCCCAGUCGGCCUGACCUGGCAGCCGUCUCCACGGAUCUCCGGAAGGACAAAGCCAAAAGUUGCUCGGUCAUGUGACUUGUCAGACUGCGGUGGGAGGGGGGUAUCAGACUAAAGAAAACGAGGACAGCGCAUUAGUGCAAGCAGGGAGCUUAGGGGCAAAGCCCUGUCCUGCAUGCUAAAAAAACCCUUAUUUGUCUCUAAAGGGUUUUUUUAUAAGCUUCAAUUCGUAUAAGUGUUACUGGAAUAUUCUGCUCCAAUGAGAACUCGUUGAGUAAUUGCGUCCCAGUCGAUGUACCCCCACCUCAGCUACCACCAGUCCCACCAGAGGAGGAAGCUAUCAGUCAGCUGGCUAUCAGUUCUGGGAGGAGACCCGCUUCCUCUGAGGACAAAGCGGAUGCAGUCAAGGCUUUCCUCACCAACAGGAAAUGAGCAGGAGGAGUGAUGUCAUUAAGAGACCAUCACAUUUAAAGGGUUUUAGAACAUGCAAUCUUUUGAGCGGGAGCCAAAGCUACGGCAAGCUGUGGCCUAUGAAGGUAAAAAAAAAAGUGCAGGUUCAAAGACUUAUUUAAGGCUUUCAACUCAUCACUGUGGUUUGGAACUGAUUCACUUUUACCUCUGCUCCUGUUAUUGUCGGUGUGUGUGCAGAGGAGUCCCUGUUUCUGAUACUGUUGUUGGUUAAAUGUGAAGUUGUUGGUGUGCAACUGCAUCUUUGUUUCUACUCUGAUUCUGUUGGUUUCAUCCUCACUCUUCCGAUGGUUGCAUUCAGUCGCCUCAACCAACAGUUUCUGAAGUAAGAUUGAAGGUUUUAAACCUUCAAACCAUUGGUUCACCACUAUGUAGCAAGAUGAAACUGAAAGUAUUGUGCAAAAAUCUCAACUUCCUGGAGUUUAGCUUACCCCACAGGUUCUACAUGUCAUUCUAGAAGGAGGUAGAGGUUCAAAACUUUUAAAUUGCUAAUGUAUUCAAAGUGUUUAUAACCAGCAAAUCUCUAACUGUAAAAUCCAAACAGGAUUUUUUUUGUGGAUUUUAUUCCAGGCUGAAAUUUGUAAGCAGUAAAGUUUUCUUAGCGUUUUAGUCAUUAAGCUAAUGUGUUUUAACUCACUCAUUAGCUAAUCUAGGCUAAAUGACAAUAUGGCUGCUGCAGCUAACAGUCUGCCGAGUUGGUUAGCAUCUUAUUUCAGAUUAUUUUCCCAGUAUAAUCUACUUGACCAUUGCUCAAAAUUAAAAUAUUCUUGUCUGUAUAUUUGAAUCUAGAACUGCGUUAUCUAAUUAGCUCAUUUGAUUUUACUCCAAACUCAAAUUCAAACAAAAAAACUAAAAGCCAAAAUGGAGGAAGGAGUUGUAGCAAUGUGGAUGUGUUGAACCACUGAACCUUAAUCCAAAAAUAUAAAGGUGAACCCAACAAUUCUUGAGUGGUAAAAGUCCAUUAGCAUGUUCACCAAUGAGCUAAUUAGCUAGUUAGCUAACUUAUUAGCUACAAUUGAAUUUCAGCAAACUGUACAUGUGUCGGAGGGAUUCCUCUAAAUGGCAUAAUGCAAAUAAUGGCUCCUGAUUACAACUGAUAGGAUUUUGGAGUGUUAGCCUUUAGCUAGCAUCUGCCAACUUUGAUCAAUUAGACACUGUGAGUUAAGUUAUCUUUAUUUUGAAUAUAUUUUGCAAUAUGUUUCACUUGGAACUAGGAAGGCUAAACAGUUUCCAGGCUGUAACAACCUGUUAGCCUUUAAACUAAUUAGCUGGUUGGCUCACUCAUUAGCUAACUAGUCCAUUUCAGCAGUUCUCCACUUUAAGUGUAUAGCCAAAUUUGUCGGUAUGUUAGCUGCCUAGCUAACAUUUAUUAGCUGGUAUAAUUUCCUACUCGUACAUGACUCAAAUAAUUAGAUAAUUUGUACUUUUUUGUUUGAAUGGUCUAAAAUAUUUACUGUUUAAGUAAAUAUCAAUCAUUAUUAAAGGUAUUGAUGCACUUUUAAUUGAAGUCACUGCCAUAAAAGCUUUUCUCAUCAGUGCUGUCUCAUUCUGCAGCAUUUUGCCCAAACUCUUAUCCUCAUGUUCCAACCUGUCCUAUCUGUGUACGCUCAUGUUUUCUUGAAUGUUCAAAUGUCUUCAAAAUGUCUCUUGCCAAUGUUGUUGCCACGAUAUUUAUUGAAUUAUAUAUUUUCCCUUUUAGAAUAAAUAAAAUGAAUUAAAAUGCU